AUGCGUUUCUCUACCCUUACAGCCGCCGCUCUUGUUUCUGUCGCCUAUGCCGACUUCACCUCCUACUGCUGUGUCGACGAUGAACCCGUGUCAACAGGUGACAUUGCCUGGGCUUUGGACCCCAAGAAUGGCCGUACGGCCGAGAUGGGUAUUGCGGGGGGUGCCACGUAUACUCACGAAGUUGGUAUGUGCACGUUCGCUGGCCACAUACCUAUGGCUUGCGGUAAGUACACGACGACUGCUCGCACAAUGGAGCGCGCCGGAACUCAACUGAAGAACGGCUUCAUCGAGUGCGACGAUCCUUUGUACAUGGAGUCAAACCUAUGGGUUUGCCCGUUUUAG